UUGUACUCACGAACAGUAUGUACCCCUUUAUACGAAGCCGAAAGAAUUCUAGCCACUCUGCAACCGAGAGAAAACACCCAUCUCGAUCAAAAGUUUGGAGGGAGGACAGGAGCUGCAAAAGAUUGGGGACAAGGUUUAGGAUGGGGUCAUGAAGGCCCACUCUCCACGACCCUUCGUCUCCUCCCUAGAUUCCUCAACUUUCUCUCUCCACUUUCUCUACUAUCUAAGAUCCCCUUUCUGCCACACUCCGCACAACGUAGAGCAGGUCUCGUUUCGAAGACUAGACGAGAGAGGGCUGAGAGGGUUCUGGCAUUAUUAGAGGAUGCGGAAAGGGGCGGGUGUGGAAAAGUUUGGAGUGCGAGGGGACAUGUGAGGAUGUUCCCACCAAAGGGGCUUAAACAAGAUCUUUCAGCAGCUUAUAAAGCCUACAAACGAUCCGUUGAGGUCACUUCAGACCCAGAAGCCCAAUUCAUGGUAGGGUUCUUUCACGCAACUGGUCUGGGCAAUGCGGAGCAAGAUCAAGGCAAGGCCAUACUUUACUACACCUUCGCUGCUCUGAAUGGUUAUCGACCAGCUUCUAUGGCACUUGGCUAUCGUCAUUGGGCGGGGAUCAGUGUUCAAGAAGAUUGUAUGACCGCCUUGGGUCAUUACGAACAAGCCGCUGCCUCGGCCUACCAAACCUUUCUCUCCGGUCCUCCAGGUGGACGUACCCUUCCCCUCGCCCCAUCCCGUCUCUCCGACCAAUUCGGCGGUAUAUAUGGUCCUCACGCCUCAUGGGCCUCAACAGGUGCCAACGCUCAUCGUCCCGCCGUCCGCGCUUCUUCCGCUUCAGCGAGGGGCGAAACUGAAUCUGAGAUUCUAGAAUAUUAUCAAUACCAUUCCGAUCGUGAUGCCCACGUGUAUACCGUCCGUCUUGGUCGUUUAUUCUACUUAGGAUCGGUUUACCCUCAACCCGGAGGUAUAGGCUCCGGUGCUGAGUAUGUAGGGGCGAUCCCUCAAAGUUAUAUUCGGGCAAAAGAGUAUUUCACUAAAGUCGCCAGAGUUCUUUGGCCUGUGGAUUUCGAUGCGAAUGGUCAGAUUGCGGGAAAGAGACGGAUGAGUAAAGAGAGCGAGGAAAGUGUUAGAGAGGCAGCUAUGGUGGCGGCUGCUUUUUUGGGGAGAAUGGCUUUGAGAGGUGAAGGAGGGAGAAGGGAUUACAAGAGGGCGAAGAUGUGGUAUGAGAGGGCGGCGGAGUUGGGCGACCGAGAAGCCCUCAACGGCCUUGGUCUUAUGCACCUUCACGGACUCUCCCUACCUCCUGAUCCCAUGAAGGCAUACGGAUACUUCCAAGCCGCCGCCUCUCAAGACCUCGCUGAAGCACAAGUAUCCCUCGGUAAACUCCAUCUUGAACGAGGAGAAUAUCAACAAGCCCUCACAUUCCUGGAAGCUGCCUUGAGGCAUGGAUCACCUUACGAAGCCUUCCAACUUUCCUCCACCAUACACGCCCGAACAGCCCGAGCGGGUCUCGAAGGUAUGUGUGGGGUGGCUAUGGCUUUUUCCAAAGUGGCAAGUGAGAGAGGGAGCUGGGAAUGGGAUUACUUGGGAGAAGCUGAUAAAGCUUGGAUGAGAGGGGAAGAAGAGAAGGCUAUGUUGGGUUGGAUGGUAGCUGCUGAAAUGGGAUAUGAACAAGGGCAGAAUAAUGUUGCUUUUGUUUUAGAUAAGGGAUGGAAAGGGAAGGGAUGGGAGGGAUGGUGGGUCAGUGGUAAGGAGAAGAUACAGUUAGGAGAAGAAAGAGUGUUAGGAUUAUGGUUAAGAAGUGCGGGACAAGAUAAUGUUGAUGCUUUGGUCAAAGUUGGAGAUUAUUUCUAUAACAACGCCACAUAUCCUGUCCUAACCCCAAAAUCACAAAACUACGAACGAGCUUUAUCGUAUUACGCAACAGCUGCGGAAUAUCAAACUUCUUCACUCGCUUAUUGGAACCUUGGAUACAUGUAUGAGAAUGGACAUGGAGUACCCAGAGAUUGGCAUUUGGCCAAAAGGAAUUAUGAUUUAGCUUUGGAAGUUAGUGGGGAAGCGUAUCUGGCUGUGGUUUUGAGUUUGGGGAAGUUGUAUCUGAGAAGCUGGUGGACCGAUAUAAAAACCGGUGGGCGUACACCCGGUCUAUCACUAUUUGAACAAUCCGAUCGACCCGCGGUCACAGCUUGGGAAACCUUCAAAAAUUACUUUGUCGAUCCCCCCACAGAUCCACUGGAACCAAUGGACGAAUUUGACGAUAUGGAUCACUUCGAUCCUUCCGGUUCGGGAUGGCAUCAUGAUCCCGCUGCUCAAGAUGUUGAUAGAGAAGGACACGAGGGACAUGGAGCAAGAGGUAGAGUAGAUUGGGAAGAAGAUCCACGUGUGAGAGGAAGAGAAAGAGAAUGGGAGGAAGAUAUUGAUGAGACGGUUGAAAGUUUGGUAAUUUUAGCUCUGGGGUUCGGGCUCGUGGGACUCUUAUGGAUCCGAGGUCAAUGGGCUAGAUGGGAUGUAGGGAAUGGUGCUCCUGUAGAGCCGAGAGGGGCUGAAAUUCAUGGGAAUGUGGGGGAGCAACCUCAAAGGGUUCCGACGGAAUCAGAGGUUAGGACGGGUGAGGUACCCUCUGGUAAUACAGGGACGGGACAGGUGGGUGGAUCAAGUAGAGAUCAAGAACCAGAUCGGAGAGAGGGAGGUGAGGGUGAAGAGGAGAAUGAGAGUUCGAUGAGGUCUGAUGAUGUACAAGAAGGGUAG